CUGCCCAUGGAGGAGCCAGGACUGUAUCCUGAAAGCAUGUCUAAAGGAUUCCUGCCCAUGGAGGAGCCCGGAGUAGAUCCUGAAAACAUGUCUCAAGAAUUGCUGCCCAUGGAGGUGCCAGAAACACUCUAUUACAUGAAUAAAGGGAAGACCAUGAUACCAUCAAAUGCACUACAGGAUGGAAGCUCAGGGCUUGGUUCCUUGGGAGAUGGUGAAUGGCAAAGAAGGAAUGCUGACAGCACUGGGCCAGACCAAGGUGAUUUCAAGAUAGAAUCCUCUCCUUGCUACCUGUUGACCGUCAGGAUCAUCCGGAUGAGAAAUCUCCGGCGAGUGGAUGCCUUAAGCCAGGCUGAUUGCUACGUGUCCCUGUGGCUGCCAACGGCGACGUGUGAAAGGUCACGCACUAAAACUGUGAGAAAUUCUGACAAUCCAGUGUGGAACGAAACCUUCUACUUCAGAAUCCAGAGUCAGGUCAAGAAUGUGCUGGAGCUCACAGUGUACGAUGAGGAUUUUGCUACUCCAGAUGACCAUCUACUCUGUGCACUCUUUGAUACUGCGAAACUUCCACUUGAAAAAACAGUGAUCCUGUACUUCAAGCCUAGCCCAGAUGCCAAGGAGGAACUAGAGGUUGAAUUCAAAUUGGAGGUUGCACCUGGUCCUCAUGAGAUGAUUGCUAGCAAUGGAGUGCUGGUGUGUCGUGAACUUUGCUGCUUGGAAGUUGAAGUGGCAGAGAAGACGAAGCAAAAAUCAAAGAAGGAACUUUCCCUCACUGUGAAGGGCUCCUUCCAGGGGACUCAGGAUAUCAUGCUGGGCCCCAAUGGAGUUGUCAGCCCGUCGUGUCCCAUCGAGUUCCACUACAUCAAGUACGCAGAGCCAACACUGGAUGUCAUGCUGCCAAAGAAGAGGCGCUACCACCCUUGGUCCUGCAGGUACAGCACAGAGACGGGCUCCCCAGUCGUGAUGCUGAACUCGCUGCCCAUGGGAAGGAAAACGACCAUUGCAGAGGAGAAAAGAUUUGACUUGAAUGUGACAGCAAAACCUUGUAAUUGCUCAUGCCACCAAGACCUGGACAUGCGCUUUGGGUUUAACUUGUGUUCUGAAGAGAUGGCUUUCCUGGGGAAGAGAAAGAGAUACGUAGCAAGUGCUCUCAAAAAUGUUUUUCACCUACCACACGAUCUGCAGGAUCAAGAAGUCCCUGUUGUGGCUAUCAUCACGACAGGCGGAGGGCUGAAGUCAAUGACAGGAUUGUAUGGCAGCCUCAUGGGACUCAAGAAGUUAAAUCUCCUGGACUGUGUGACAUACAUCAGCGGGCUGUCCGGCACCACAUGGACCAUGGCCAACUUAUACAGAGAUGCCUACUGGUCACAGAAGGACCUGGACUCACAUAUUGGUGAAGCCCAAAAACAAGCAACAAAAUGCAAGAUGGGCUGUUUCUCCAUGGAUCGCAUGAAGUACUACAACAAGCAGCUUUGCCAGAGGAAAGAAGAGGGAUACAGGACAUCAUUUAUAGAUCUUUGGGGUCUCAUGAUUGAGUACUUACUAAAUGAUGGGAAAGACCCCCACAAGCUUUCAGAGCAGCAAGAAGCACUGUGUGAUGGCCAGAACCCACUGCCCAUCUACGUGUCAGUCUGCGUCCGGGACAGUUACAGCACCAAUGAUUUCAAAGAGUGGGUGGAGUUCACUCCCUACGAAGUGGGACUGCUGAAGUACGGCGUGUUUGUUCGCACGGAGCAUUUCGGAAGCGAGUUCUUCAUGGGCCGCUUGUUAAAAAAGCUCCCUGAAUCCCGCAUCUGCUACCUUCAAGGUAUGUGGAGCAGUAUAUUUUCUGUGAACCUUUUACAAAUAUGGGGACUGUCCCAUAGUUCAGAGGACUUCUGGAAGAGAUGGACACAAGACAGAAUAGAUGAAGUUGAUGAGGACCCGGUGUUGCCCACAAGACCCCACGAGCUGAGGACUCGCAUGUACACCCCCCCUGGCGCCCUGUCCAGCGCCCUUCGGGGGGCACUGACCGACCGCUUCUCCGUUGCCCAGCACCACAAUUUCCUGAAGGGCUACCAGCUGCACAACAGCUACAUGGAGAACGAGCACUUCUGUCGGUGGAAAGACACUGUGUUAGACUCACGUCCCAACCAGCUGAUGCAAAAUCCCGAUCAGCUGGGCAUGAUAGAUGCUGGAUUUUUCAUCAAUACCAGCAGUGCACCACUUUUAAGGCCACAGAGGGAAGUGGAUGUCAUCAUCUAUCUAAGUUAUACUACUGGAUCACAUACAUCGUCUCUAGAUAAGGCGUGUAAAUACUACUCAGAGCAGAAAAUCCCAUUCCCAACAAUUUCUUUGACUGACGAAGAUAAGAAAAAUCUGAAGGAGUGCUACGUCUUCCAAGAUUCAGAUUUGCCAGGAUGUCCAAUUGUGAUUUUUCUUCCCCUUGUGAAUGAUACCUUCCAAGAGUACAAAGCACCUGGUGUCAAGCGCUGUUGCUCAGAGAUGGAUGAAGGCCAGCUUGAUUUGACCAGCUGCUGUUCCCCCUACUGCAUGUUCUCUGUCAGAUACACCGAUGAGAAUUACCGCAAGCUGCUGAAUCUCAGCGAGUACAACAUCCUCAACAACUCUCAGAUGAUUAUGCAGGCCUUGCAGACAGCGAUGCAAAGGAGAAGGCAGAAAAUGUGCUGAUUGCUCUUAUCUUCUCUGAGGAGUUUUUCAUGCUCUAGGACCCAGAAGGGACAUACCUUUUUCAAACACUGGUCAUUCUGCACUACAGAAACUAUCCCAGCUGGUGCAGUGGUUUGCUGGGGUUUUUCUAUCCCCAAGAAGUGGUCUCUAUAAGCAAAGACAUUGUGUGGGAAAUUUUUACUUACGUUUUGUUUCAUCAAUUAAGGUUGUCUGUAGAGCACUCUUUGCCUAAAAUACUUGUUAGAUUUUUAAAUAGUGUGAUUUUAAGCAUAACUUAUUAUAAUAUAUAGGAAAAUGAUUUAAUAAUUAUAAAGGAAAAGAUUUUUUUACCGCCAUAGCACUACAGUUAUACAACACAGCCAACACACCUACAGGCCAUAAGAAGGGAGUAUAAACUUCUGCUCCCACAAUUCUGCUUUGUGGAACAUGAGAUAUGACCUGUCCUGGAAAACAAAGAGAACCUGAGACACAACUGGAAGCUGGUAAUGGAUCCCUUGGUCAACUCUGUUUUGCAAGUGUCCCAAAGAGCAGCCAGGGAGGCUGGAAAAGUGAAGAGGGACAAGUGUGUGCACACAACCAGCCCUAUGAUCUCAUCCACAUCCUGGGCUCUCUUGGGCUGUGAAUGAAUCAUAUGUGAUGGGAAGGAGCAACUUAGGAGGAAGUGGCAUAAGACUUUUCACAUAAAAUGUUUUUUUUAAAGAAAAGGGUGUAAUUUGGGC